GAGGCAGUUGGUUCGCGGACUCGGUCGCGGUUGGGUCGAGCACAUUUUGGGCGUUUUGGAAAAUUUCGGAAGGGAAGUUGGCAAAAGGGUGCGGCAGUGUGAAAAGUGAAACGUUGGAGUGGGAGUUUUGUAAUUGUCCCCGAUGGUGGUAGCGAUAGUGACUUUGCCACGGAUGUUGUGGCAAACUUUUGGUGGAACUUUAGGCUUUGAAUUUCCUCAUUUGAGUGUUAUUAAUUUAUUCCAACCUAUACAAUGUUAAAACAUUAGUUUUGGGAAUGGUUUAGAAAAAAAAAAAAAUAACUGAUUGAAGUGUCUACAAGAGUGAAAUUAAAAAUAACAGCAAGAUUAUUAGUAGAAAAAAAAAAAACAGAAAAAAAUCACCAUGGAGCCCAGCAUAGUGUCCCUGCUCCUCCUGUUCUCACUGGGUGCCUCUUCGUCGGGCUACAACCUGCCAACGACCCGGCACGUCGAGGAGCAGCCCCGGCACCACCUCCAGCAGGACAUUUUAGACUUUCUCAACCUGAUCCCGUUCGACGACGUGCAGUCGCUGAUGCAGUACUACUACCACUACGACGCGCAGGUGGAAAGUGCGCUCGAUUACGUGUCCAGCGAGGACUACACGCAGAUCAAGCUGGAAAUUAUGAACCUGAGCGAGGUGCGCAGCUUUCGGCGCUAUCUGGACGGAAUCGGGUUCAGCGUGGUGCACGUGUGGCGGGAGCUGACCAAGCGCUUCGACGUGGAGGAAAUCUUUGCCGAGCCGGAUGAGGCGAUGCGAAGUUUAAAUCUGACCACCCGAGGCCUGAACGGAUUAGUGGAUGACAUAUUGGCACUGUUGCCGCAGGACGAGAUAAUCCUGCUCUUCUUCGACAAGCUCGAGACGAGCAACGACUUUUCGUACUUCUUCGAGCAGGUCGGCAGCGGCGAGUUCGAGAACGUGCUCAACAUGCUGCAGAGUUCACAGCAGCUGAGGAUUCUUCUGUGGAGAUUGCAACGGCAUGGCUUCGAUAUUCCCGGAUGGAUUCAGCAGAUUCAGCGAUACUUUAGUUUCAGUAGUUUUUGAUGACCAGUGAGAGGCAAUAAAAUUAUUACCAAAGCCAUGUUUUGAAAUU